GCUCGCGUUUGCCUUUGCACUUGACACUUUACCAUUUUACCUGCGCUGCGCGAUUUGUAAUUACGCGUUCGAAACGAUUGCAGCUCUUAGAAUGUGUGCAGAGAGAUAAGGCGUUCGUCGAGAGUAAAAUUCGAGCUUGCAUACAUAAGCGAGAACAUCGAAGUAGAUAGUGGACGGAUUAGGUAAGACUGGCUCGCGCGCGCGCGCGCGCGCGGGUGUAGAUUAGAUAUUCCUUUCUCACGUCGAGAGCGUUUCGUCACUUUUCACGGUUUUACCGAAGCCGAUCGUCCCAAUUUAGUAUUCGGCUCGCGCUCGCGCUCGCCUGUGUGUUUACAUUCGGCUUGAAAUUUUCCGGUAUUGAUAAAAAUGUGGCGAUUUACGACAGCCGCAGCUGUACUUUAUUAAUCAGUUAAUUAGCCUCGAGAUUAAGUCUUCAAGUGCGCGUACAGUCGAGUUUUAAAAUCGGCCGGAGCAGUAGUUUGAGAGAAUGUCUUCGAUUUGAAACUGUCUCGCGCAGCAGAGUGAACGUAUUAAGCCUAAUCGCAAGGAAGCCGACGACGUAAUCACGAAAGCUGCCAAGAAAGCAAGAGAUGGCAAGUCCGCCACGCGACGGCGGCGGCGGCGGAGACGUCGUCGCGAGUCCGGAUGCGGUCGCUCAGCAGCAGCCACCGCCUCCGUGUGACUUGCCCGACGGCACUGCACUGCUCGAGACCCAAGUGGCCGGACAUCCUUUCGAUUUCGACAAGAGCAAAAUAGGGAUGUUGCGCGGUCCGAGCGGCCGGGUUUUGAAGCCCAUCGAGAAUCCGGUGCAGGGCGAGCGAGAAAUGGCUUUCUACGAGAACCUCAGCGUCUCGGGACAUCCGACCGACGUGGAGAUGUCCAGGUACACGCCGAAGUACUACGGGACCAAAGAGAUGAGGAUCUUUGACAAACGCGUCAGAUUCUUGGAGCUGGAAGACAUAACGGACGGCAUGACGGAGCCCUGCGUGAUGGACGUGAAGAUCGGCCGCAGGACGUGGGAUCCCCUGGCCACCGCGGAGAAGCGCGCCGGCGAAGACCUCAAGUACGCCGAGACGAAGAAGGCCUACGGCUUCUGCAUACCCGGUUUCCAGGUCUACCGCGUGCCCUCCGGUAGCCUCAACAAGUACGACAAGGACUACGGCAAGCAGCUCAACUCCGAGACUCUCGUCGAAGCUCUGGAGCUCUUCCUGAACGCGAGGCCGAACCGGCCGCCCUGCCGAGACCUGGUGGUCCGACUGCUCUCCAUCCUCUGGAAAAUCCUGGCCCUGUUCCGGGAGCAACGUCGCUACCGCAUCUUCUCGAGUUCGUUGCUGAUCGCGUACGACGCGAAGCGCCUGCGCCACCACAUGCGUCGCCAGUUGAACAACAGCUUCGCGGAGUCGCUGCUGCGCGCCCCGGUCUGCCGCAGCAAGACCUUCUCCGGAGCGGCGCGCAGCCUCGGCUCGCUCAACCAGAUCGGCAGGUUCGCCGCGACGCCGUCGCCCCUCAGCUCGCCCAGCAGCAACAGCAGCAUCUUCACCUUUCCCGCGAAGCUCGACAAGUCCGCGUACAAGGGAAGCAGCGGAAACCUACUCCUGUCGGCCAGGCCGGGAUCGCCGAAGCUCGACUCGCCGACCAGGAGCCCCAGGAUCAACCGGACCAUUCACAGGCUGCAGACGCUCAAGAGGAGCAUCAGCUUGCAGAAUUGCGAGACGCUGCCCGAGAAGGCCAGCGUCGAGCCCAUCGACGAUCUCGAGAAAAAGCACACGCCAAAGAAAGUGCCCGACAUAACGGUGCACAAGCUCGUCCGGACGCACUCGUACUCCAACAACUUCGACGCGGACAUAAUCCAGAUGAAGGAGGACUACGCGGCUCUGCUGCACGAGCUCAGCAGCACCUGCGAGGAGAAGCAGAACUGGGUGCGGGCCUGCAUGAUCGACUUCGCCCACGUUUUUCCAGCCGAGGACGGCCAAGUGGACAGCAACUAUCUGGAGGGAAUCGAGAGCCUCAUCAAGCUACUCGAGAAGUUCCUCGCGUGAUAUCAUAUCGAUAUAGCGACAGUGCUUGCUAUGAGUCUUUGAUCGGUGAAGGACGCGAUGAUGCGCGCGUAAUUACUCGAGUGGGCGUUGCUUUUCCGAGAAAAGAACUGACUGAAGUCGAGUGAAUCCUGGGCUGCGAUCAUUUUCACGAGCUUUUUCACGAGCUUUUUCACGAGCUUUUCACGAGCUUUUUCUUCACGCCAAGUGCUAGAAAGUUUUCCGAAUCCGACGGAUUGAACCGCCUACUCGAUAGGAAUAUUAGGAAUACCGAUAAGGAGUUUAUCGAACUGAGACGGAUUAGUUUUUCAAGCAUUCUGUCCUAUCUUAUCGCAGUUGGAUUUUAUACACGAAUCACCGUGAAAUUCACGCAGUGCCCAACACGUUUUCUUGACAUUACAGAUCAGUAUUUGAUAUACCUACUGCAACUGAUGCAACAAUAAUAAUCGCCGAGAUCAAAAGCUUAACUUGGGAGUAGUCGAGUCCUUCACCCUUAUAUUAUUAGUGAUUAGCGAGUCUUACCUGAUUAGUAUUUAGUUGUUAAUACGACAAAGUACAUUUGCUACGAAACUUUCGCGUAUUUUUUAAGCCUUUUUAGCGUUGUAGAUACGCACUUGCAAACGCAUGUACAUAUAAUGCACUUGAAUAUUUUAAACUGCGUUAUUUCAUAAACUUUGUUUGCAAUACUCGUAUUUCAUAAAUAUCUUUUAUAAUUAUACUCGACAACGUAUUAUAUUGUCCUCCACGAUAUGAGUAAACCUGUAUCAAAACGGUAUUAAAGUCGAGCGCACAGUAUCUUGUCGUAUUUUUCAAGCUACGAAUGAAAUUUCUGAAAUUUUACGAAAGUCAAUACAUCUCUGCUACGCCAACUGUUUAUGAGAAUAAUAUUGUUCCACCCAACAUUAAAACACCAAAUUGUCAAUAUUUGAAAACGUAUACCGGUAUACAUAUUUGAUAAACAAUUUACAUAAAAUUGUACAUGUUAUUACUGGAAACUUCAUUUUUCCUUUGAACAAACUUGUAAAUAAUACAGAAAAAGUUGUUAAUAAAUCGUUAUUUAUAGAUUUUUCUUUCUCAUCUUCUCGGCAAUUCCAACAGAAAAAUAACAAUACGAAUGCGAAAUUUAAUAUCAUACCUUAUUUUAUUUUAUUCUUCGUUCAUUCAUAAACACUGUAUUCAUUGUCGUCUUUUUAUAGGUAUACCAAUACCAAUUGCAACUCCGCGCUGUCAGCUAGCAGCAAUUGAUUAGCCGACAAUAGUGAUCAAUAAUAAUUUCCCUCAGAUUCUCCAUCGUGUCUGUGUAACAUUUAUUAUAGCAACAUAUCCACUCUUUACGACUGUAUAUGUAUAUAGUAUAUCCGCUUAUGCUCUCGAACCUCUUAACUCUAUUUCGCGCAUUGCGAGCAAUAUACACGAUCUCAAUUACUCUCACUUGCAUUCUCUCGCUCCAAUCUGUACUCAUCCUUCAUUCAACCACUGCAUCAAUGUAUCGUUUUUAAAUCAACGAGUAUAGCGUUGCGUAAAGAUGUGUCUAUACAAAUUCCAAUCGAUAGGUUUAAAUUCGCACGAAUUCGAAUGCGAGACAAUUAUUACAGACAAGUAUAGAAUUCAAUGUAUCGUUACACAGCCCAUUACGACGCCUGCAAAUUUGCCUUAACAACAAUAUACAAUCACGAGUUAUUUCACCGGGCUGAUGGUGUCGUAAUUUAUACUUAUGUACAAUGACAGUAUUGUUGCAUCGCAACAGAACACACAGUUUCACUCGCGCCCACGCGUUAUACUCGCAUAAAAAUUUACAUUUUUGCGCACUGUAAAUCGCGUUACAUUUACGACGUGUCGCGCACAGUUGUAUUCCCGUUCGACUGUCGUCCGAGAGCGAGCAGUACGUUAUGCAAACGCACCCGCGGUAUAAUAUCGUUUUUAGUGCGUGCACUAAAUCAAGCGCGCAUAAUGAGGCGAGCCGAAAAAUCCGCGCGAGUUCGAAACGCGCCGAUAAAUUACACGUUUUACGCCCCCGCGCAAUAGUACACCGUACUUUUUCUUUCGAGCGCAACUGCUCUCGCUCGUACGACGAUACAUAGAGAUUAAUUAGUGCCAAAGCGUAGGCCAUCAGGCGAGCGCAAACAUCCAAGGAGCUCGGCUCAGCCCAAUUGUAUCGUCGCAGCAUGACAAGUUAAGCACUGUAUAUGUACCUAUAUGUUUACGACGUCGACGUGGCUCUCCCUCGAGAGCAAGUACACGAUUAAUACGGAGUAUACGUAGAGGGCUUUAUCGAGUGAGAGGCGCAUGAUAACAACAAAGCGAGUGAGCCAAUUAUAACAGCGGCGAACCCUCGAUAUACACGCGCAUACAUCAGGGGAGAGUCUCGAAAACAAUCGCUCGCUCGGCACAAAAGACUCGCUUUGAUGAUUACACCCGCCUUUGGUCAUUAUCGAUGCUGCGUGUUAUGACGUUCGAGUGCAGUGUGCAUAUGUGUAUAGGCUCUGCAUAUACGGCUUGUCGCGCGAAGGGCCGUGUGUUGGUUUUUUUUUUUUUUUUUCUGUUGUGGUUUUCGCAUACGCGGUGUAGAGGAUAAGGGACAUGUGUCGGUUGCGAGGGUUUCGCCGGUAUUGAUCGUAUGCGUUUACAAUCUUUGAACGUUAUUGGCGCGUUUUGCUUUACUUUCAUGUUUGUAAAACUGCUACUCCGUACUGUGUAACAAUUAAUGCUUAUCUUUUGCACAAAUACGAGUGUAAACGCGCUGUUGUAUAUUAUUAAAAAAGUUUUUUUACCGAGUUUCGUGCUGAAAAAGCAGUGCGUGCAAAAAUGCUUUUCCUCGUUUACUGCUAAGUACACACUUGUGACAUGCGAGAGCUGUGGGACUCUGCGUGUCGCGAACAAUUUUCGAAUACGUUCCCGCGCAAAGCUCACGCUUGUAGGAUACUUUUUUUUCAACGACGAGGUGUUGCGCGAUUGCUUCGCUAAAUACAAAAAGCAGCUUUGAAUUUGAAACGCGCACGUUGUGCAUAAAAGUCGGGGUUUAUUUUUCGGUGGAAAAAGAAACGAAUUGUGUACAAGACGGUUGGCUGUAGCAACUCGUAUAUUGUUGUAUUCUAACGGCGACACGUGGGCCCCAUACUUCUGUCACUGACUCUUUUUUUCUACUAUCCCUUUUUCGCUUUAUUGACGCGUUCCGUGUCGCCGUAUUUUAUUGGCGCGCGAUGUGGCCUAAUUCAAAUGAAGAGUGAUGAACACUGCGGCUGUUAGUACAAUACUCUUUCUUUCAUUUUGUCGCAUUGAUUUUGAUAUCCAACAUUAAACAACGCUUAAACGUAAAUUCGAUUUUACGGACUUUCAGCAGUAUAGGCAUCGACGAUCGGCGAUAAAGAGCGCAUCAGCCCUGCAGUCACCCUCUAAAAAUAAGCACAUACGUACACACAAACACAGCACUGCACCGGAUUGGCAUCUAAAAAUAACGGUGAAAAAUGCAUAGAGCAGCGGAGAGCGCGCCUAUCAACCGGAGACGAGAAAAGAAAGAAAUGCAUACCUCUCUCGCGCGCGCGCGCGCGCGGCGUCGGGGAUAAGCCCCGGGAUAUACGAUUUCAUUUUGCGCGACAUUCGAACCCUCGCCCGCUAUGUGUAUACAGAGACACAAUACAUGAGCGCGAGAGCGGCUGCAGAAGCGCACUUACAGCAUUAUCGCGUGGCUGGUCGUUUAGUGGCGGGUCAGCGCUGACAUCGUCGAUUCUUAACGAGCUGAUGACCCGCUUUCGAGCGAGCGAGAGCUUUUCUGCAGCUCUCUUUUCUCUACACUUUGAUCUUCUCGCCGGGAGUAUGCGUUCAGUUCGAUAUCAAAGAAGAAUAAAAAUGGAGCUGUGGAGCUUGAAUGAACGCGCUCGGUGACUCGAAAAACAAUCGAUGAUUGGCUGUCGCUGAAAUAAACGACACGCGCGCGACAUGUACGUCGCAUAAUACAAAGCGACACGCAGGCAUCGGCGAAUUAAUACGAAACAAAUGAGAGCCAUUGUUACAUCAGCGACAAUCUCCGCGAAGCAUCAGCAGAGAGAUUCCGCUCGUCGUUCUAAAUAAACCAGGGCCGAUCAAUUAUUCGACUCGACGAAGCGAGCGAGAUGGCUGCGAAACUCGCAAAAAAGCAUUUUAUUGCUCUGCUCUUCCGCUGAAUAGUACGCGGUUUGAAUCGGAACUUAUAUUUAAUUGCAAUAUCGGGCGGAAAGCGAGUUUCGAGUUCCAUACGUUGCGUUGCAGUUUCAUGUACAUAUACAUAGGUUUGGUGCAGUGUAUGCGUGUUGCACGUGCGCACGAAUGGCGUGUUUUGUAAUGAACGAAAAUAGACGCGUAUAGAAAGACUUGCCAAUCAUUUCCACUGACUCUACUUUAUGACUUUCGAAUUGGAAUGCGCUGAUCACAAGUUUGUAAGAUGGUUAUGCUUAUUCUCGAUCAAUCAUUGAAAUACUUGAGGUCUAUCCAAAAAAUAAAUAAUUGGAAGUUAACAACUGUACAUAGACUACGCUAGGUAAAAAACGAUGAUAGAGGCGAUUAAAAGAAAACAAAGAAAAUACAUACAGAGAGAACGGAUAGCGUGUGAUCGAAAAGGAAUGUUGGGUUUAUAAAAGAUACAAGUAAAAAGAGCUGUCUUUUUCAUAUACGUAUGUCUAUUCUCGUUAGUUUAUUCAGUUUAAUACGCCGUCAGUCGUACUCGCGGUUAGACCGCCAACAGUACGCCAACCGUCCUUCUUCAUCGGCAAUUUCAUAUAAUAUAUUCGCAAUGCUGUUUUGUUUAAUCCAUUUUUUUUAAUUUAAAAAUUAUACAAUCACUUAAACGAUUCAAUAUACACACAGUCGCUCGAAUUUUCCUUCUCUUGCGUACGCAUCAUUCAUCGUUCACAAUGAAUUACUCCAUCGUGCCGUCUCAUCCAUGUAGGUCGAUGCUGAUAACAUUAUAGCUGUAGUAUUUAGCUUUGUAAUAAUUCUAUAAUUAUUUAUAAUAUUUAUAUAUAUAUAUAUAAAUACAUCACACAUUCUCUUAUUUACAAUACUCCGCAGUGCUUCAAUCUCUCCGUUUUUCUCUUUCUCGCUUAUAACAUUACUAAUCAACACUUGGGUCGCACAUUUCGUCCAAAUUGCGCCAGAUAUGCGCUCAUGUCAUUUGCAUCAUUCGAUACGGGAUAAAAAAGAACAAGAGACGA